UUAUUUAGUGUCACUAAACCCAAGUUAUAUCUAAUUUUCGUGUGGAUUGUAUCAGUCAUCGUAUGCACCGCCAUUUAUGAAGUUGCAAAUUGUCAUCUAGAAUAUGAUUCCAAUAUGUGGAAUUUUCAAUUCAUCAAAAUUUCUGAACUGUGCGAAGAUUAUGAGUGACGAUUGGCUAAUUUUGAAAUUUUUCAUAACUAGUUUGUGGAUUUUCAUGCAUACAGUUGAUGG